UUCCACCAAACAGGCCCUAGACGAGAUUCAGCAUAGGAUAGUGAGCGACAGCGAGCGAGAGAGAGGGAGAAUGGGCGAGAGCACGGAUUCUUCAUCUUCCUUUAAUCCAUCCAAGUUUGUGACGGGUGAGGUGAGGCGGAUAAAGGAGUACUGGGGCGAGAGAUUUGCGUUUCUCGAAAACUACACCAAUAUCUUCUUCGUCCCUGAAAAACGUCUCCCCAAAUGGUCGGAUUCUGAUGUCGAGGAAUUUAUCGCUUCCGAUCCGAUCCACGGCCCUGCGCUGAAGUCCGCGAGGAAAGCAACAGAAAUUGCUGCCACCGGAAGUGUUAUAGGAGCAGUGUCAACAGCAGGACUUGCCUGGAAAUAUUCGAAGAGUCCACAUGGCGCUGCUUUGGCUUUUGGAGCUGGAGCUAUUUUCGGUUGGACAUUUGGGCAGGAAAUUGCUAGUCACUGGCUCCAACUGUACCGGAUGGACACCAUGGCUGCUCAGAUAGAGUUCUUGGAUUGGUGGAAGAACAAAAGUGGAGGAAAUCGGACAUUGUGAGAUUUGACACCCGCGUCAUGGUUCGUGUUCGUUUGUCAGGAGAACAAAGUCCUGACUCGAGUUAGUCAUGAACAAUAAAAAGCAUCUCCUCUUUUUCUCUUGAAUAAUAUAACAUAUUCUCCUGAUGACAAAAAACCAUGAGUUUGGUCCUUUUUGAUGUUCUCCAUUUCACAGGUUUGAGGAUUUUUUUUCCCCAUGUUUGUUUUGUUCUCUUCUAUUGUAUGAAAGUAUUGUAGUUGAUUCAUGCUGGUGGUAGAUUUUAGAGGGUUCUGCA